UGUCCCGGACCUGCACACAGACACUACCUUCUACGCACCGCCCUCGCUUACAAAUGCAAGCAGUUCCCCGAGCUAUCAGCAGAAUCCCACUGCAACUCAGUCACAUUACAGUCGCUGCUUCAACCUUCUUCAUUGCUGCGUUGAAGGGAAGCAGCGCCGUGCAGGCUGGGACAAGCAACCGUGCAGUUUUUUUAAUUACAGGAAGCAGUGAGGACUGCGAAAGAGAAGGACGCCAGUGUUCGCCAGUAUUGCAGUAACACUGCCAACAAAUUCCUGCCGAAGAAAUUGACUAGAUCUUACCCCUGUCAGAGACCCUCCUUGUCCAACCGAUGCCUUACUCAAACAAGAUCACGUCUCUAAUUCCACCCCCCCCGAGCACAGGAAAACGUGUUGAAGAGUGAGUUCCACAUGGUACCACUAUUGGCCGCAGAGACUGUUCAGCUUCGAGUUAUAGGCUAUGAGGGCGAUGAUACGGGAGAUAGUUCAGUGAGCUCCAAUAAAGUGUCAGCACACUCCAGCAAAGAGCCAGCAAUAGAACAAAGCCAGUUACUGACCACUUCACCAGACCACAACACACAUGAACAGAGGCUAACAAAGGGAUCUCAAAAUAAAGGAUCUUCAGUUCCAGUGGAAGGAUCAGUUCCAGAGCCAUCCAACACAGAGGACACCUGCCUCAAUCAGCUGCUGGUCAGCAGUGACGGUCCAUUAGAUGCAGACAUUGUAGCAAUGUAUUUUGAAAAGUUUGCGUCAGAUGUGGAAAUCCAUGAAAAUGGCGUAACUUCUUGGUUUGUAACCUGCUCAAGCAGAGACGAUUUGGAAAAAAUAAUUUCACUAAAACAGCACAAGCUGGGUGGCAAAACUCUGGAUGUGCAAUUAUAUGAUAAAAGAAAAGAAGAUGAAAAAUAUGAGCCCCGAACUUUUCUUUUGAAAGGUUUUGAUGUUAAUUCGAGAUUAGAUCAUAUUUCACUGUACAUUGACAGUCUCAGUAAUAGCACACGGCAUCAUAUUGAACCUUUGCAGGACGGUGAAACAGUGGUGAUCACAUUUGAGACUGAUAUAGAUGCCAAUUCCUUUCUGAAGAAUUGUGGUCAGAAGCCAUUUGAAAACAGUUGCAUCACUGCCAAACGACUGGCCAAGACAAAUUCAGUGCAGAUAGAAGGAGUUCAGCCCAGUUUGAGUGAUUAUUUGCUUGACUUGUACUUUUCAAGUACAAAUCACAGUGGUGGUGGAGAUAUCACUGAAAUAAUUCUUCAAAGAGAUGCAGAGAAAGCUAUUAUUCGCUACCAAGAUCAUGAGGUGGUAAGAAGAGUCAUCGAGAGGGAGCAUUGCCUAAAGGGUGUUCAGCUUUCAGUUAUUCGCUAUUACCAUGAUCAGCAAUUAUCAUUGUGUGGAGGUAAUGAUCCAAAAUUCAAACUGCCUGAACAAUGUGGUAUUUGCAUCAAGCCUGUUCUUCUCAACUACAUUGCAAACACACGUCACUGUAAACAGGGAUUAAAAGAAAUUGCAAAAAGUUUUUAUUGUAACAUUACAUUUAUGGACUCUCCAAAUUCAAGCCAAAUGAUUUUGAAGCCAUCUUUUGAUACAAAUACAUUGUUGUGCUACAAAAUUGCUAAGGACUGGAAGAAGCUGGCAGAAGAGGCAAUUCAGAAAUUCAUUGGGCAAUUCGACUUCAGGGACUUUCCAACAGAUAAAGAAUUGUGGGAAAAAGUGAAGAACAAAAGUGGGGGGCUGAGAGCACCUGACAUUGAUGUUGUGUAUUCUUCUACAAAAAACAAGCUUGUCCUUGUUGGCAAAAAAACUAACAUUUUGGAAACUUCCAAAGUCCUAGAGGGAAUAUUGGAAAAAGCAAGGAAAGAAUUAGAUAUCGAAAGAAAUACUGUUGAAGAGCUGGUUCUACUGCAAAGUCUCGAGGAGUUGGAAUUUGUGCAAAGCCAGGUCAAAGCCACUGUUUGCUCUGUGGAACUCACCACCUGCAAAGCUCCCCCGACCUUAAAACUGAAAGGGCUGAAGGAAGACGUUUGCCAAGCUCAGAAAAUCAUCAGCCAAUUUCAGUCACAGUUAGAGAGGAAGCCCCUCAAUCAGUCUUCAUUCAUGACAGAUUUUAUCAAGUUGUUAGACCUCAAGGGAUUUGUGCAAACUCACUUCAUUCAAAAUGGUAUAAGGGCCACAUUGGUGUGCGGACAAUCAGUUGAGCUCUUGGCUGUCAAGGCCGAUGUAAAUAAAGGGGAAGAUAAAAUAAAGCAACUUUUCCAGGAAAUUAGGAUUGACUUGACUCCACGACACAUCAAUGUCACUGAAGUUGACAACUGGAAAAGGUUCCUUGAUGAUUUAGAAGUUGACAUGAAGUCAAACACUGCAGGCUUCAGAAUCAGAGUGGAGAAAAAUCAAAGCACCAUAUUAAUUGUGGGAUAUUCCAAUAUUGUUGCUGAUGUUGCAAAAAUGGUAAACAAUUACCUAGACAAUAAGGAGGUGAUCACACAAAUUAUUUCUGCCACAGUAAUGCAGGUGAACUAUAUGGAAAAUUGCUUCACUCUUUCAGAACUACCUGAAAUUCAAAACAAAGACAUCAUUAUAUCAUAUAUCAGAAAGCCUUCUACAGGUUUAAAAAUAUCUGGUACAGCAGAGCAUAUGAACGAGGCGCUUUCUGUUAUUAAGGAUAAGUUAUCACAGAUUCAGUCAGCAACGUAUACUUAUAACAAGCCAGGAGAGGCCAAAACAUUGUCUAAACACAAAGAUACCCUACAAGUCAAGGCCAGAGAUCAUGGAUGCAUAUUGUUAAUUGAAACCAAGGAAGAGUGCCAGAGUUUGUCAAGCCACUCACAACCUAUUAUGUUACAACAGAAACAAAUCCACAUGCCAUCAAUAUUACCACCCCAAGUAUCUAUGCCAGCAGCAGCAGGAAUACAAAUAUGUGGGAUAACAAUAAUUCUAAAAAAGGGUGAUAUCGCGCAGGAAAGUACAGAUGCCAUAGUAAAUUCUACCAACAACAAUUUAAACUUAGAUUCUGGUGUAUCUGGUGCAAUACUAAAAGCUGCAGGCAGUUCUGUGCAAGAUGAAUGCAAAGCACUAGGUCAACAAUCAAAUGACAGUGUUGUAGUCACCAAAAGUGGCAACCUUCAUUGUCGAUUGAUAGUACACAUGGUUGGGACCACAACAGCAGCUGGGAUUGCAACUUCAGUACAUAAGGUCCUUGAGGAAUGCGAGAAGCAUAAGAUCACUAGCGCUGCAUUCCCAGCCAUAGGGACAGGUAAAGGUGGAAUCAAUUGCAAAACUGCCAUCAACGCUCUCUUCAGUGGAUUGGAGAAUUACUUCUCGAGUAUUGCAGUGUCCAACAUGAAAUCCAUUUCCAUUGUUGUGCUUGAGCAACAUAUUUAUGACACUAUUGCGGAGGCUUUUGAAGAGAAGAGGUUGAAUUCUGGAGUUAGCACGAUGAGCAAAGCACAGAUGCCUGUGGACCCACAGGAUAGAUCCACCGCACAAGGUCAAAGGCGAGGUCUGUUGCCUACGCAGUUGAAAAUACACAAUGUUUUUGUGGAGGUGAAGCAAGGAGACAUAACUAAUGAAACUGUAAAAGCAAUAGUGAAUUCUACAAAUGCAACAUUGGAUCUCAAUUCUGGUGUCUCUGGGGCAAUACUUGCAAAAGCUGGCAGUACUGUUGUAGAUGAAUGUAAGAAACUGGGUUCUCAACCCAAUGAUGGUGUUGUUGUUACCAGUGGUGGCAAACUUACCUGUGAUUACAUCGUACAUAUGGUCGGUCAAAACAAGCCAGCUAUGAUAACUGCCUUUGUAGAAAAAGUAUUGCAGGAAUGUGAAAAACAUCAGAUCACGACUGUAUCAUUCCCUGCUCUAGGAACAGGUGUGGGAGGAAUGAAUCCACGGGACACUGUGGAAAGCAUGUUGAUGGGAUUUGAAAAUCAUUUGUCACAAAAUAAACCAUCCUGUAUUAAACUUGUUUAUGUCGUUGUCUACCAAUCCAAUAUAUAUGAUAUUUUUAUUGACGUCUUGCUACAAAAAUCGCAACAGAAAGUCAACUCAAUAGAAGUAAACAUUGGAAAAGUAAAAUUGGUAGCUGUUCAAGGUGACAUCACAGCAGAACAGACUGACGCAAUUGUAAACUGUACAAAUGUUAACCUUAAUCGAAACAGUGGAGUUUCUGGUGCUAUCUUGAAAGCAGCUGGACAGUCAGUAGUGGAUGAAUGUAGUCAACUGGGUGUCCAAAACGAUGAUAGCAUUGUAAGCACAAAAGCAGGAAACCUUCGAGUAAAGUACAUCAUACAUUUGGCAGGCUGGCUUAAAGCACAAAAUACAAAAGGAUCUUUAAUCAAAGUUCUGAAGGAAUGUGAAAACCUAAAAAUAAGUUCAGUGUCUUUCCCAGCACUGGGCACAGGUGAAGCAAAACUGAAUCCUCAAGAUAUUGCCGUUGCACUUCUGGAUGCAAUAAGUGAUUACGUGGUGGACUUUGCUCAACCUUCGCUGUCUUUGAUACGGAUUGUUUUGUUCAAUCCAUUGGUGCUGAAUUCAUUUCGCCAAUGUAUAGAGAAACGUUUCAAAUGUUCCUACAGUUCGAAACUUGAUCAUCCUCCAGCACAAACAGUUCUUCCAUUGAAACCUAUUUAUCCAGUCAUUCUGGGAGCAACAAAGAAUUUCACCGCCACAGUUGAGAUAUUUGGUGUGACGAAGAAUAACAUCACUGGGGUUCAGAAGGAUGUUGAGGAUUUCAUCAAAGACAAUUGCAGCAGCCAAAAAAUACCCAACACAGUUGCAGGUUGUUUCUCAGAUGAUGAGAGGCAACGAAUUACAGAUCUCUGUGAAAAGUAUCAACUGAAAGUUGAAAUUCAGGAAAAGGAAAUAACAAUAGAGGGAUACAAUGCGGAUGUUCUGGAAUCCAUUGUAGAAGUGAACUCUAUGCUCCAUGUUGUCAAGGAAAGAGAGAUUAGAAAGCAGGAAGAGAUUCAGCUGAAGAAAACUGUCCAGUGGGAAAUUAUGACUGAUGAAACAGCGCAGCCUUAUGAUCAAUGUUUAAACUACGAAAUUGAGAGAGCUUACUUGGAUGAAAAACAAACCAUAGUUUGCAUGAAAGACGGGAAAAAGUGCACAAUUGAUUUUGGAUCAAUGCAAGAAAAGGAUUCAAAAGGAAAUGUAGUGGAUAUUAAGAGAAGAGUCCUUCAAGGAGCAAUGUUUGACCUCCCACAAAACUGGAGUUACAUGAAAAAUCAGGAGGUGUUGAGAGUUCUUCUUCAGUCAGGUACACCAGAGUACGAAGCGGUAGUACGAACAUUCAGGAAAUCUUGUGGGACGACAGUUGUUGACAUUGUCAAGAUCGAAAGGAUUCAGAAUCGCAAGCUUUGGCAAAGUUAUUCUGUCAGAAAAAACACUGCAGAAAGAAAGUAUCCUGGGGCAACUGUUGAGCAGAUCCUUUACCAUGGAACCACAAAGGAAAUUUCCCAGAAAGUCAAUAAAACUGGGUUCAACAGAAGCUUUUGUGGGAGAAAUGCUACUCACUUUGGAAAAGGAACUUAUUUUGCUUUGAAUGCCUCGUAUUCAUGUGACGACAAAUACUCUGCUCCUGAUGUUGAUGAAUGUAAAUAUAUCUAUCAGGCACGAGUGGUUACUGGGAAGCUGUGCAAAGGAGAACAGAAUAUGCUGGAACCAGCCCCAGUCAAUCCACAGAUAGAUUCAGCUGACCUUUGUGAUUGUGCAGUGAAUGAUCUAAAGAAACCUUCCAUUUUUGUUAUUUUUUGCGAUGAUGGUGCAUAUCCAGAAUACUUGAUAACUUUCAAAACAAGAAAAGCAUGAGUCCAAGAUAACAAAGUGUGGAGCUGGAUGAAUACAGCAGGCCAAGCAGCAUCUUAGGAGCACAUAGCAUGAGUCCAAACUAGUUCAAUCAAGCUGUCAUGCUUUUAUGGCAAACUAUUUUCUGAAGAAGGGUCUAGGCCCGAAACAUCAGUCUUCCAACUCCUAUGAUGCUGCUUGGCCUGCUGUGUGCAUCCAGCUCUGCACCUUGCUGUUUUAAAGUUUUAUUCACGUUCCUAGAAAAUUCAGCAUACUGCAAGUUGCAUUAUUUAGUAGUCUGUUUGGAAUGCUCUUUUGUGACUGGUUGCCAGAGUGUGCUGCUUACAAUGUCCAUGAAGCAAUAUUACUUCAAAGGACAAGAAAGUGUGCCUUAUUUCUUUCACGUAAGUUCUCAUCUAGGAAGUUGAACAUAAAGUUGAAUAAUGUGAAUAAUGGAGUAGACCAUUCAUUGACGCUGAUCUACCAUUCAAUUAGAUCAUAGCUGAUCUUCUACCUCAAUGCCACUUUCCUGCUAAAUCUCCACGUCGCGUAAUGUCAUUAGUCUCCAGAAACCUACUGAUUUCUGCCUUAAACAUGCUCAAUGUUUGAGCUUCCAAACAAUCCUCUGGAGUAGACAAUUCCCAAGAUGCACCAUUCUCCAAGUGGAGAAAUUCCUCUAAACAGCUAAGAUCUAGUUAAGUUUCAAGAAUGAUUGACACAUAGCGGUGGCUCAGUGGUAAGCACUGCUGCCUCACAGCACCAGGGACCCAGGUUUGAUUCUAGUCUUGGGUGACUGUCUGUGUGGAGUUUGCACAUCCUCCAUGUGUCUUUGUGGGCUCCUGCCGGGUGCUUGGUUUCUGCCCACAGUUCAAAGAUGCAUAGGUUAGGUGAUUGGCCAUGCUAAAUUGCCCCGUAGUGUGCAACUUAGGUGAAUUAGCCAUGGUAAAAUGUGGAAUUAUGGGAAGGUUAGUAGGGUUGUGAGUCUUGAUGGUUGAUGUGAACUCAAUGGACCGUAUGGCUUCUAUCCGCUCUGCAGGGAAUCUAUGACAUAGAAUACAGAUAAUUUUCAUUGAUGACAAUUAUGAUCAUUGAAACUGCUUGAAAUUGCCUUAUUGAAAUUGAAAUUGAAAUCUUUGAAAUUAGCUUAUGAAUGAAUUAACUUUGCAUCUUUGCACUUUUUAAUCUAAAUGUUCAUAUUCUAAAGUGUGAAUGAUACAAUGAUGGGAAUCUCUGUUUUGAGCUGUUAUUGCUCAAAAUAAGCUAUAAUUGCAGGGGGUUUUCUUCAUACACUUUACAGUGAACUCAUCUGUAGCCAGUCACCGUAAUUAAUUAUGUGAAAUUCACUGUAAUAUCUGAUGCAAACCCCACCACAGAUAAACACAGAAGUUGAUGACAGUGAUUUCACAUUACUCAAAGGGUGUGCUCCUGAAGUGAUCACAGAUGGAAACAAUUAGAAAUCACUGAUUUGACAUUAACUUCCAUUUCUGAAGUUAUUUGUCUUACCAUGAGGUAGUUGAAAAUGUUCUGCCUUAUUGAUUGAGGUGUAGUUGUGGUUUUAGCAUGUACCAAUUUAUACUUAUAUUUGAAUAAGGUCUUUGGCCCUGAUAAACUAAUUUUGCAUCUGUUGAAAGUCACAUUUUCCCCAUGACAUGUUUUUAAAAAAUCCCAGAUAUUUCAAUGACUAAAAUCUGUUUUCUAAAGCUUGUUGAAACCAUUUAUAUGGCACCAUGUUUAUGUUGAUUUCUGUAAAGUUGUAAAAAGAAAUAAAUAAAAAAUUAACUGAUAUU